AUGAGGAUUGAAGAACUCAUUCUUGAUGGAUUCAAAUCAUAUCCUGUCAGAACCACUAUAUCAGGGUUCGAUGAGUCUUUCAAUGCAAUAACGGGGUUGAAUGGUUCUGGUAAAUCAAAUAUAUUAGAUGCGAUAUGUUUCGUUCUAGGCAUAACGAAUAUGCAGUCUGUUCGGGCCAACAACCUGAUGGAUCUGAUAUACAAGAGAGGCCAAGCAGGUGUGACUAAAGCCAGUGUCACUAUAGUAUUCAAUAAUCAAGAUCGAACGAAAUCACCAUUAGGUUUUGAGAAUACACCUCAAAUAACAGUAACUAGACAAAUAGCAGUAGGAAACGUAUCGAAAUAUUUAUUGAAUGGACAUAAAUCGACAUUACAAGCACUGCAAAACCUAUUUCAAUCAGUUCAAUUGAAUAUCAAUAACCCAAAUUUCCUGAUUAUGCAAGGUAAAAUCACAAAGGUGUUGAACAUGAAACCUGCUGAAAUCUUAGGUAUGGUUGAAGAAGCUGCUGGAACUAGAAUGUUUGAAGAAAGGAAAGAUAAAGCAGUGAAAACAAUGGCUAAGAAAGAUAAAAAGGUUGAAGAGAUUGAAAGUCUACUGCACGAAGAGAUUGAUCCUAAACUUGAGAAAUUGCGCGCGGAGAAAAGGUCCUAUCUUGAAUAUCAAAAAGCGACUUCGGAACUUGAACGAUUGACAAGAUUGGUCAAAGCUUACGAAUGGACAUUAGCCGUUGACAAAGCAGAAAAAGCAGCGGAGAACCUCAAGUCCAAGAAGAAGGAUAUACAUAUCGCUAAAGAAGAUGUCGAAAGAGGUGGAAGAGAAUGUCAAGGGAUGGAAGAUGAAUUGAAUGAAAUCAAAAGAAAAAGAGAGAAGGAAAUGACUAAAGGAGGGAAAAUAUCUGCUCUCACAGAUGCUGUCAAUAACCUUGAUCGAGAAUUGGUCAAAGUGAAAACUCAAAUUGAGAUUACAGAAGGUACAUUGAAAGACGAUGUUAAGCGGGUUGACGCAGCCAGGAAAACUGUAAAAGAGACCGAGAAAUCUCUUGAAGACCGUCGUGCACAAACGACCAACGACUCAUCAGCGUUCGCCGAAUUGAAAGCGGCUUACGAUGCAGGUCAAGCCGAAUUAACCAAACUCGAAGAACUUCUUCAGUCCCUCAUCACAGGUCUCUCGUCAAACAAGGAAGACGAUGAGAAUGCAGGUGGUUACAUGGGACAAUUGGCAGAAGCGAAAGCUAGACUUGCUGCAGCUGGAACUGAAGCCGAACAAGCUAAAGUAAAAAUGGGUUUAGCCGAAAAAGAAAUCAAGGAAAAAGAACCCAGAGCUAAGAAAGCUGAAAAAGAAGGUGAAGGUUUGAUCAAGGAAUUAGCCACCAAGAGAGCAAUGGUCGAGAAACUCAAGAAACAAGUCGAAGGUGCUGAUUGGGAUGAAAAUAAGGAAAGGGAAUUAUCCGAAAUUCAAGCUGAAAACCAAUCGAAGAUUACUGAACUUAUGGAGCGACGGGACACUUUGAAAUCGAGGUUGGCAGCAAUUGAUUUCUCUUAUUCUGAUCCUGAACCAAAUUUCGAUCGAAACAAGGUAAAAGGUCUGGUAGCUACUCUUAUUGAUCUUGACGAAGCCAAUUUCAAAUCUUCAACGGCUCUAGAGAUUUGUGCAGGUGGUAAAUUGUACAAUGUGGUUGUACAAGAUGAGAGAGUUGGAUCUCAAUUACUUGAAAAAGGAAAAUUGAGAAAAAGGGUUACUAUCAUUCCUCUGAACAAAAUCAGUGCUUUCAAGAUGUCCGCCGAGAAACUCAAUGCUGCAAAACAGGUCGCACCUGGAAAAGCUAAUCUUGCUCUGGACCUAGUCGGCUAUUCCGACGAUGUAUCAGCAGCCAUGGCGUAUGUGUUUGGCGAUACAUUCAUUUGCGCAGACAAACAAUCAGCUCAAGCGGUGACUUUCAACAAGAAUAUUGGUGUCAAAUCAGUAACCUUAGAAGGCGAUGUUUACGAUCCUUCUGGAACGCUUUCUGGUGGUUCGGCACCGUCGUCUCAAGGUAUCUUGGUCAAAGUCCAAGAACUCCGAGCUAUCGAAAAAGAAAUCAAUCAACAUAAAAAGGUCUUGGACGAAGUUUCGAGUAAGCUCUCAGGAGCUAAGAAGAUCAUUGAUCAAUUCAAGAAAGACAAAAGAGAAUUAGAUUUGAAAGAACAUGAAGUUAGGUUGUUGGAAGAACAAGUCAAUGGAAGUAAUGCUACAAAAAUCAUUGCUGAAGUUGAAGCUGCCAGGAAACUCGUAUCUGAAUUGAAGGAAGUCGUGAAUCAAUCCAAAGAAAAACAGAAGCAAGCCAGUGCAGAUGUCAAAAAACUCGAGAAGGAAAUGGCAGAUUUCAAGAAUAACAAAGAUUCGAAAUUGAAGGAAAUCAAAGCGGAUAUUGCGAAUAAGAAGAAGGAGUUAGGUAAAAAGACUACUCAAGUCAAAACUGGACAGAAAGAAGUACAAACCGCUGAACUUGAACUUCAGCAACUGGAAAGUGAUUUGGAGUCCGCAAAGGCUGAAAUUGAAGAAGCUCUCGCUGCUCAUGAAAAGACCAAAUCCGAACAUGCCAACUUGAAAGAAACGUUCAAAGCUCAACAGGCCGAUUACAAAGCCGCUGAAGCUAAACUCAAAUCAGAACGAGCUGUUCUAGUCGCUUUUGAUAACGAAUUAUCCGAUCUGGAACAUGAUUUGAAGGCUAAGAAACAAGAGAUUGUAGACGCCGAAUUGAUUUUGAAAAAACUUGAUCAUGAUAUUGGGUCUGUCGCCAAAGAACAAUCUUCAGCUGAAGGCCAUAAAGAGAACCUAGAGAGGCAAUUCACGUGGAUAUUGGAGGAGCAUCAAUUCUUCGGUAAAUCCGGUACACCCUAUGACUUCCACGGUGUGAACCUCAAUCAAGCAAGAGAACAGUGUCGCGAGCUUGAAGCCCAGCAAAAAGGCAUGGGUAGAAAAAUCAACACGAAAGUCAUGAAUAUGAUUGAGGGUGUCGAGAAGAAAGAACAAGCUCUCAAGAAGAUGAUGGCUACUGUGUUGAAAGAUAAAUCAAUGAUUGAAGAUACGAUAGUAGAGUUAGAUCGAUAUAAGAGGGAUGCAUUGAUGAAGACGUGGGAGAAAGUUAAUGGCGAUUUCGGUUUGAUAUUCGAAGAAUUGUUACCUGGAAACUUUGCGAAACUUCAACCUCCAGAAGGGCAAGAUCUGACUGAAGGUUUGGAAGUCAAGGUUAGAUUGGGAAGUGUCUGGAAAGCCAGUUUGACUGAAUUGAGUGGUGGUCAAAGAUCACUGAUAGCCUUAUCGUUAAUCAUGUCCUUACUUCAAUUCAAACCUGCACCAAUGUAUAUCCUGGACGAGAUUGACGCGGCACUGGAUCUACAACAUACUCAACAUAUCGGACAACUAUUCAGAAAUAGAUUCAAAGGAAGUCAAUUUAUUGUUGUUUCGUUGAAAGAAGGUCUGUUCACCAAUGCGAAUGUAUUGUUCAGAGCUCGAUUCAGAGAUGGAACUAGUAUUGUUGAGAGAACCGAAAGAAGAUCAAAUAACUCGAUGUACUCUUCUGCCGAAGAUAAAGAGAACUCUCAAGAUGCGACUUCAGGCGCAACGAAGAGUAAGCGUACAGCGACAAAUACCAAUGGACGCUCCGCAUUAGCUGUCAGAUAG